AUGGCUCUGAGUCCAGAUCCCGAAUCCCAAAAACCUGAGCCGCAACUUGACUCGCCGCACGACUCAGAAUCGGACUCGGAAAUAAGCUCCAAGCCACAGCCGCCCUCUGGGUACAACCUGCCGCUAUGGCGCAAAUGUCUCAUUCUUUUUGUUGUCAGUUGGAUGACUCUGGCAGUCACAUUCUCGAGUACAUCAUUACUUCCUGCCACUCCGGAGAUUGCUAGUGACUUUUCAACAACUACCGAGAUUCUCAAUGUCAUCAACGCGGGCGUUCUGAUUGCUAUGGGUUUCUCUUCGUUUAUUUGGGGGCCCAUUACAGACUUGUUCGGGCGUCGCAAUGCAUAUAAUGCCGCGAUCAUGGUUUUGUGUGCCUGUUCGGUUGGCACAGCAGUAGCGAUCAACCUGCACAUGUUUAUUGCGAUGCGAAUACUCUGUGGAUUCACAGGAACAUUCUUCAUGGUUGCUGGCCAGACGAUUAUUGCGGAUAUAUUUGAGCCAGUCGUACGAGGGACAGCCGUGGGCUUCAUGAUGGUCGGUUCAGUCAGUGGUCCUGCAAUUGGACCAUGUGUUGGCGGUGUCAUUGUCACCUUCGCCCAAUGGCGCAUCAUCUACUGGCUCCAAUUCGGCAUGACAGCGCUCGGACUCGCAUUAUCCCUUCUGUUUGUGCCAAAUAUCCAGAAGAAGCAGCGGUCUCUGCCCACAAAAGAGCCGGUCGGCCUUUCGCUAGUCCUGCGGAUGUUCAACCCAUUACGCAUCUUCCGUCCGUUCAUUUAUCCAAAUGUUUUCCUUUGCCAUUUCACAUGCGGCCUUCUGGCAACUUUCCAAUAUGCUAUUCUCACCUCUGCUCGCUCGAUCUUCAAUCCUCGCUUCCAUCUGACAACGCCCCUUGUGAGCGGGCUUUUCUACCUUUCUCCCGGAAUAGGUUUCCUUAUCGGAAGCGUCAUGGGUGGCAAGCUGUCAGAUCGUGCGGUGAAGAGGUGGAUUAAGAAGCGGAACGGUGUCCGUCUUCCCCAAGAUCGGCUUAACAGCGGUCUGAUAACUCUAUUCGCUGUCCUUCCGGCUUCGACAUUAAUCUAUGCCUGGACAUUGCAGGAAGAAGUUGGAGGCAUGGCUGUGCCUAUCAUCAGUGCUUUCACUGCGGGAAUUGGACUAUUGGGUACAUUCAAUGGGUUGAAUACUUAUUCGGCUGAGGUCAUGCCGCACAUUCGUUCCGAGGUGAUCAGCGGUAAAUACGUGGUCCAGUAUAUUUUCGCGGCAGCUGCGACAGCGGCUGUCGAGCCAUUGAUUAAUUCCAUUGGUGUCGGUUGGACAUUUACCAUUUGGCUGAAACGGCGCUCACUAUUCGCCGAUGAGGAAGAAGAAAGUCCUCGACAACAGAGAAGGAAGUUUGUCGCAUGCCAACGAUGCCACGCCCAUAAAAUCAAAUGCUCUGGCGACCAGCCAUGCAGUAAAUGUCGCGCAGUGGGUUGCGCGGACGAAUGCGCCUACGCUUCUAGAGAUCGUCAAGUCAAAGUCAGCGAGAAGUAUGCCGGACUUGUCCCUUCCCGAACCGAGCCCUCGGCCGCCCGGAGAUACCAGCUCCUGGCGGAGAAUCGGCGCUUGAAGGAGCAGUCGGUAACCUCGGUCGACGCCACCGAAGCCACUGGCCCGCCACAUACUGAACGGGCUCCUUCUCGGCCUGCAGAUGCUACCGAUGCGCCUGAUGCUACAAGCAUCCAAAAUCCCAUCAUUGGUGACCGAGCAUGGUUCCAUCGCUAUGAUUCAUCCUCCCCUCCCAUCUACAUCGGCGAAGCGGCUUGCUCUGCUUUUGCGACUCGCUUUCGUCGUUUCCUAACUGGGAACAAUGCAACUGCGCAUAUUACACGCACACAGUGGGAGCGAGAAGAAGUCAUUGCCGCGGCAGCCAACGAAGCGAACGCCCAGUGGCCAAGUUUGCAUCACGCCCGACUCCUGGUUCGAAUUGCAAUCAACCAGAUCGGACACUUGUAUCACUUGAUGAUGCGCAAGGCCACUCUGGAAAAGCUGGAGGAGAUCUACCAAACAGGAAGUUUCGACUGCGUGUCAAAUAAGUGCAAGUUCUUUGCGCUAUUUGCCUUCGGUCAGGCCUACUCCGUUCGGUCUGAUCCUACCACUGGAUCACGAGUGCCAGGCACAGCAUAUUUCGCACGAGCCAUGAGCCUGGUUCAGGUCCUACCAGAAAGGACGAGCAUCACUCAUCUUGAGACUCUGCUUCUACUAUCCUUAUUUUCGUAUUACCUUAAUCGACGACACUCGGCCUAUGUCCUGAUUGGAAAUGCCAUGCGUAUGGGCCUUACAAUCGGUUUAAAUCACAACAUCCCCGAAUCUCAACUUAUCGACCCCGUGGAACGUCAACACCGCAUCGAGAUCUGGUGGACAAUCUACAUCUUCGACCGCAUGUGGGGAUCUAAAAUGGGUCUCCCGAUGCAAAUCCUCGACGAAGAUAUCCAUGUUGACAUGCCUACUACUAUCUCUCCAAGCUGGCGACAUGAAGAAGAACUCUCCGAUACGGACUAUAUGACUGCAAACAUCAAACUCGCUCGCAUAGUGGGCGAGACGAUUGCUCGGUUGUAUAGCAGACGCAAGUACCAGGAGACAUUCCUCCAGCGAGUGCAGAAACUCCUGAAAGCGCUGAAAAAUUGGGUUGAUACCCUACCAGAAGGUCUGCGGUUGAAUAUGGAGGAUCUCGAAUCAAGCAAGAAACCUGUUGUCUCCUUGCACAUGGCAUUUAACCAGUGUGUCAUCCUCACAACGAGACCGACACUGCUACAUCUCCUUAUCACUCUUCGCAAAAACAAUGGUUCGAGGCCACUAGGAGAGAAUAUUCGAGAUUCAGUCUCUCAGCCAGUCCUCACCCUCAGCGAAGCUUGUAUCCACGCUGCACGUCAUUCGCACUCGAUGAUCCUGACCCGCUGGAUCAACGGAACAUGUCCCUCUUUUGGCUACUUCCACGCACAUUACCUCUUCUCCUCCGCACUAAUCUUGGCCAUGUCUAGCUUCGUGCCUAUCGGGAAUCCAAAUGACAUGAGCGGCUUCGACUCUGCACUAGACGUGCUACGUUCAAUGUCCGAGAACGGUAACCUCGCCGCCGCAGAGUUCUACCACAAUCUGGAGCAAGUGAAAGUUUGUCUCGACACAUAUCGGGGCGCAAGUCGGCCACAGAAAAGUGACUCCGGCCCGGAACUAAAUGUAGAGAUGACUGGUUCCCCUACAGCAAGUACGCUGAGACCCAUGUCUGGUUUGGCAUCAACACUGGCGCCGUCUUCUUCUGCGCAUCUCCAGGGGAUUUUAUCCGGUGCAUCGGUUGCGCCCGUGUUACCUCCAGACGGCGAUUUGCUGGCGGGCCAGCCGUCUCAUGGGUCUGAUGCGUAUAUUCUGCCGUCACGGGACGCUGUCAAUGGGUAUACGACGGAGAUGGCGUUUCUGGAGCCAACGAUGCAGGAUUUCUUGGCUCAGUCGGAUAUUGAUUUGGGCCUGCUACAUCCAGUUGAU